UCUAUCUCUCCACAUUAAUUAAUAAUUGAGAGGAAGCUAGAAACUAAUUAAGAAUAGCAAAUUAACCCUAGCUAGCACCAAAGCCAUGAGAAACUUCCUCACUCACACCCUCUCUCUCCUCCUCCUCUUCCAAUAUUAUUGCACCACCACCAAAACCCUAGCCCUAGCCCAGCCCGCGGCCGCGGCCGCGCCCGCGCCCCCGGGGCCGACCAACAUCACCGGGAUCCUCGAGAAGGCCGGGCAGUACCAGACCUUCAUCCGCCUGCUCAAGUCGACGCAGGUCGCCAACCAGAUCAACAACGAGCUCAACAACACGCAGAACGGCCUGACGAUCUUCGCCCCGACCGACAAUGCCUUCUCCUCCCUCCCCUCCGGCACCCUCAACUCCCUCACCGACCAGCAGAAGGACUCCCUCAUCCAGUACCACAUCCUCCCCUACUUCCUCUCGGCCUCGCAGUUCCAAACUGUCAGCAACCCCCUCAGAACUCAAGCCGGGGAUUCCAGCGAUGGCCAGUACCCUCUAAACGUCACUGCAGUGGGGAAUCAAGUGAAUAUCUCCACAGGGCUGGUGAACACCACGGUGGAUAACACUGUUUACACUGAUGGCCAGCUUGCUGUCUACCAAGUUGAUCAGGUCCUGCUGCCGUUGGGCGUGUUCAGGCCGUCCGUCCCGCCCGCCCCCUCGCCGUCGGAGCAGCAGAAGAAGAAGAAGUCGGCAUCUGCGGCCGAAGGGCCGGCCUCGACCACUCCUGCGGAUUCGACGAGCGGCUCUCUCGCCAUGGGCGUCAGUCGGGAUAAUCAUAUUCUGGUUUUUGCUGUUGUUUCUGUGGCUUCGAUUUGGUGGAGUCUUUGAGUAGUGAUUAUAUAUAUGGUGCAUAUAUGAUGAGUGGUUAAGCAUUACAGUUAAAAUAUAUGUUAUGUUCCUGUGUUUCGAUGAAGGUGGUGUUUGGAUAUAUCUUGUGGGUAUGAUUUUUUUUUUCUAUUUUUUGUUUUUUUUUUUGGGUAAUUAUGUUUUCAAUAUUGAUUCAUCCGAUUUUUGUAUUGUUGAUUCAUCUUAAUUAAUUGCUGUAAUAUGGUUCCAAGAAAAUAAAGAUAGAGUUUAGGAUCUUGA